AUGAGUAACGAAGAUGAUGAAAACGAUCAAAUUAAUUUUAUCUCUCAUUUACGUACGGUAAUUAUUCUUGCUGCUCGAAAAUCGUCGUCAUCAGAUAUUGAUAUUGCUGCUGUUGAUAAAAUAGUCGAAACAACAAUAGAUUUUGUUAAAAAUAUUCUUGAACAAUUGACAAAUCAAAACAAGGCACCAUCAUUUUCAUCAGCUGAUUUAUUAAAUACAAUUCGACUAAAUCCACAUUUAAUACCUAAUCGCAAACUUUAUUUUUCUUUUAUGGAAACGUUCAAUCAUCUUUGA